AUGGCUUCUCUUGCAAACCAGCUCUCUUUCUUCUUCUUAUUCUUUUUCCUACUUCUCCUUUCACCACAAAUUCAUGCAAGACAAAACAAGUUCUUUAGCUUCUUCUCUCAUUUCAAAACCACCAACAAUGUCAAUGAUCCUCAAUUACCUCAAUCUCCAGCACCGGCACCGGCACAAGAGCCUGCUGCAGCACCGGAAAUUGGAAGAACUACUAUACUGUCAGGACCGGCACCGGAGCCUGAGUUUUUAGUCGAAACGGGAAAUGGUUACGGUCUAUAUGGAAUUGAUUCUAGUCAAUAUUCUUCCACCAAAGAAACUCCAAAAACCAUAACAGACUUUGAAAAUGAACUUCUUAAUGAAGAUUUCAAUGAUGAUAAGAAGAGCUACAAAAAAGGUUAUCCUCAAACCAAUCUCCAUAACAACAAUGAAGUGUACACAAAAAGCUACAACAGUGAAGAGUACAAGAACAAUUACAACAGUGAAGAGUACAAGAACAGUUACAACAACAACAACUACAACAAGAAUUAUGGUAAUGGUUAUGAGAGGAAAGGAGAACUUGGAAUGAGUGAUACAAGGUUCAUGGAGAAUGGAAAGUACUCUUACAAUGUAAAUAGUGAAAAUGAGAAUUAUAAUAACCUUGGUGGUUAUGAAUCAGGGAGAGGAAAUACUGAAAAUGAAGGUUACUAUGAAAAAAAUCAGCAUCCAAAUGAGUUUGAGACUAUGGAAGAGUAUGAGAAGCAACAAGAAGCACAAGGUUACACAUACACACCAUGA